AUGAGUUCUCCUGCUACUGACCCAAGAGGUGUGCCCAGGGGAAGGUGUACCAGUUGUGAGUGCCCUGGGUAUCAAGGUGGAACUGCUGGACUGAAGUGCAGCAUCUGCACACACCCACCAGGGAAGCAUCAGAACCUCUCACUGGGAUCCGGACCUACUACCCAGUCCUAUGGUUUAAGCCGACCAAGCAAUAACAGCGAUGCCUAUGGUGGAUUCAGUUCUUCAUAUGUGUACAGGGUACGGUUCAAGUACUGCAGUCCAGCGUGUAGAGACCAGCACUUGCUACCCACAGAGAGGCGGGGUCUACAGGAACACCUGAAUGCCUUUGAGUAUGAGGUGAAGUUACCUGUAUCUGAUAAAAAGCGUGGAACUGGAGCACACACAGCUGGUGGAGAGUCAGAGCACCAAUCAACUCAAGCAUCAGGAGGGAGGGAUUCUUAUAGUACUGUUUUGUCAUCAGGUAGCCAAGCAACUUCAAGAUCCUCCAGCUCAGGAAGGCAAACGACACUCAAAUUGGUUUUUCAAAAAAGUCCAUCAAAUGAUAUUGGCCUCAUUGUCAGUGAAGAGAUAUACAGAUGUCAAACAUUUUUUGGGCUGCUGGUGCUUGGAUUUGAAUACAAUACUAAAGCUGAACACCUAAUUACGAGUGGUGAAGUACGUGUGCUGGAUGUGAUCACUUCAUUGAACGACAAAGAAGUUCACCCGUCAACCUAUAAUAAGGAAGUGAGUAAGAACAGAUCAUGUUCUCUGGAACUGAAAAGAUGGAUUUCACUUCCUCAACUGAAGCCACUUAUGGACAAAGCCGAAUUCUCCAACCCAACAUCUCUUGUUGCUGUAAUGAAUCCAAAAGAUUAUCCCAAUUGUUCCACUGAAAAAGGAUUUGGACUGGGAGUCGCUUCUCUUCUUAGUACCACCUCUGUGGUUUCUGUGACAGCAAACACACCAGCACGAUUCAGCAGACUAGAGUAUGGAGAUGAGAUAAUAGCCUAUGGGUUUGUGAAGAAGAACAAGCUAGAAAUUGGGAAGGAUGCAUUGAGUCUGACGACCAAUCUGGAAGAAGCUGCAAAAGAUGGAAAAACACUUGUCCUAGUAGUUAAGAGACCAGUGAUAAUUAACUUGUAGAUUAAGAAUAACUGUAUCAAAGUGAAACUAUAUAAUUAUAUGAUUAGUAAUAAUUGUGUAUAAAGAAGUCAUUUGAAUGUA